AUGGCAAAGCAUCUAGUCAAAAGCAAGAGUCCCUUAAAAGGAAAGGGUUUAGAUACAAAUGAAAUAAAAGAAAUAGACUGGCAUGACUACAAGGCUAUAGCUGAGGAACAACAGAGGACAGGUCUAGGAGAACAAGGUAGUGCCGUCAUACUGACAGCAGAAGAAGAGAAGAAGAAGGGAGAUCUAUAUAAAGUAAAUGGUUUUAAUGCCUACGCUAGUGAUAAAAUAUCUUUACAGAGAGCUUUAAAAGAUAUUAGACAUGAACAAUGUAAAAAUAAGAAGUAUUUAAACAAACUACCUACAGCCAGUAUUAUAGUACCAUUUCAUAACGAACAUUGGUCUACAUUAUUACGUACAGCUCAAUCAGUCAUCGACAGAUCUCCACCUCAUUUACUUCAAGAGGUCAUCUUAGUUGAUGAUUUCAGCUCAAAAGAACAUUGUAAACAACAGUUGGAUGAUUAUGUUGCUGAACAUUAUACUAAAGUUCGUAUUGUACGGGCGGAGAAACGAGAAGGGUUAAUACGAACUAGACUAUUGGGAGCCCGGGCAGCAAAGGGAGAUGUUUUAAUAUUUUUAGAUUCUCAUUGUGAGGUCAAUAUCAACUGGUUACCUCCAUUAUUAGAUCCAAUAGCUAGAGAUCAGAAGACAGUUGUUUGUCCAUUUAUAGACGUGAUAGAUUACGAAACCUUCGCUUAUCGUGCCCAGGAUGAGGGGGCUCGUGGUGCCUUCGAUUGGGAAUUUUUUUAUAAACGUCUUCCACUUCUACCUGAAGAUAAAAAACAUCCUGCUGAUCCAUUCAAGAGUCCAGUGAUGGCAGGAGGGUUAUUCGCUAUACAUCAGGAAUGGUUCUGGAUGCUAGGAGGAUAUGAUCCUGGUUUGGAUAUCUGGGGUGGUGAACAGUAUGAACUUUCUUUUAAGAUUUGGCAAUGUGGUGGAAUGAUGGUUGAUUCACCAUGUUCACGAAUUGGUCACGUUUACAGAAAAUUUGCUCCAUUCCCUAAUCCAGGAGUGGGUGAUUUUAUUGGUAGAAAUUAUAAACGUGUGGCGGAGGUGUGGAUGGAUGAGUAUGCUGAAUAUCUGUAUAAACGACGCCCCCAUUAUAAAACAUUAGAUGCUGGAGAUUUAACGGAACAGAAAGCUAUUCGUGAUAAAUUACAUUGUAAAUCUUUUAAAUGGUUUAUGACUGAAGUUGCGUUUGAUUUAGUUAAAGUUUAUCCUCCUAUAGAACCUACUCCAAUGGCUUCCGGUGAGGUACGAAAUCAAGCCAAUGAGAAAUGUAUUGACACCAGAUUUAAAGGCCAGAAUGAGAGAUUUCAGCUAGAGAGUUGUAUUAAAGAUGGACAGGGAGCUGGUGGAGAACAGCAAUUUGAAUUUUCUUGGCAUAAAGAUAUCCGACCUAAAUCUCGAGCAGUUUGUUUUGAUGCUGCUCAUUCGGCGCCGAAAUCUCCAGUAAUAUUAUAUAAUUGUCAUGGAAUGGGUGGAAACCAGAGAUUUAAAUAUAAUUUGCAAACAAACCAGAUAUUUCAUCCAGUGAGUGGUCAGUGUUUAGACUGUGAUAAAGAAAAUCUUGAAGUUUUUAUGAAUCCCUGUGAUGCUGACUCAGAAACCCAAAAAUGGAAAUGGGAAAAAAUAAAUUUAAAAGAUGUGAAAAAAGAUUGGUCGUUACCUCUAGAUUGAUGCAAUGAAUGUAUUUUGUUAAAUUUAUUUUUAUUUUUCUUAUGAAGUUUUAUCAGUCAUCUUGAUGAAAUUAAAUGUCCUCCAUUGUGCACAAUUCAUAGUGUUGAAUAGGAUGCAAGCCUUCAUUUUAUUUUAUUAAUGUUGAAAUUAUUUAGUCUAGGUUCAGGGCUCCAUUUCUGGAAAAGUUUGUCCUUAUUCAUACUGAAUUUGGAUUGUAGAAUUUUAUAAAGAAAUGGAAAAUUUAAGAUUGAUUAAUGGGGAUUGUUUGACAGUCUGGUAAAAAUGGCAAUAUUGAAUAAAUCCGGUCAGGGAGUUAUCUUUGUGUUAUGAACUUCAUUUGGUUAUUUUGUUCAAAAACAGUUGAUUUUCUAAUAUU